CUCCCUCUCUCUUCCUCUUUAUUUCCGUUUCUUUAUCGGACACUUGCGUCUAACGACAAUGCCGCGUUUCUGUCGACGUUUACGAAGCAGCUCCUCCUUCCCCAUCGCAUAUAAAUAACCCCUUCCGAAACCUAAGUUCUAGAGAUUGCUCUCUCUGUCUCUAUCUCCCUCUGCUUCUCAUGGCUCCGAUCCAAAUCAAGCAAUCUCCUACAUCCGCUCAAGCUCUAGCGAGCUCUCAAGACGCUCGGAUUCUCGUCCGAGAGACGAUGAGGAUUAGCGCGAAUCUCGCGACGGCUUCUCCUUCUUUGAUCGAGGUCGAGAACAGCGGCACAAGGGCGGGCAUGAAAUUCGGUAUUGUGCAGGAGGAUUUCAUCGAUUCCAGCUUGAGAGUCUUGUGUUGUGAGGAGAUCAACGGCAGGCGGUGGAAGUACGUGGUGGAGAAGGACGGUUCUGGAAGUUUCUCGAAGGGAUCGAUCCGUGCUGUUGGGUUGCAUGCUCCGGAAGCUCCUGUAAACGAUUUGAUGGCAUUUGUAAGAUCUUAUGUGGUACCUGAGGGCUUCCCAGAUAGUGUUACUCCUUCAUAUGUUCCAUACAUGUCUUGGAGAGCUCUAAAGCACUUCUUUGGUGGGGCAAUGGGAGUUUUUACAACACAGACACUGUUGAAUUCAGUUGGUAUGUCUAGAAAUAGAGCCACCUCCGGUGCUGUUGCUAUCAACUGGAUUCUCAAGGAUGGAGCAGGUCGUGUUGGAAAAAUGCUUUUUGCAAGGCAAGGCAAGAAAUUUGACUAUGAUCUAAAACAGCUUCGCUUUGCGGGCGAUCUUUUAAUGGAGUUAGGUGCUGGGGUAGAGUUGGCCACUGCUGCUGUGCCGCACCUUUUCUUACCAUUGGCAUGUGCAGCCAACGUGGUGAAGAAUGUUGCUGCCGUGACAUCAACAUCAACUCGUACUCCGAUCUAUAAAGCCUUUGCUAGAGGAGAAAAUAUUGGGGAUGUCACUGCUAAAGGAGAAUGUGUUGGAAAUAUUGCAGAUCUGCUGGGGACUGGACUGAGCAUCAUGAUCUCAAAAAGAAACCCUUCCUUGGUGACCACUUUUGCACUGCUGUCGUGUGGAUAUGUUCUCAGCUCAUAUCAAGAGGUGAAGUCUGUUGUGUUGCAUACUUUGAACAGGGCAAGGUUCACUGUGGCCGUGGAAUCCUUCCUUAAGACAGGGCACGUUCCCUCAUUAAAGGAAGGGAAUUCAGUGGAAAACAUCUUCACUCUUCCAUGGUCAAAAGACCGACCUAUUGUUUUAGGACCGAGAUUUAGAGAUGCCUUUCAAGAACCGGCUUCAUUCCUCUCGAUCGAACCCUUGUUUGAGAGAGAAAAAUACAUGGUAACCUAUAAUCCUUCAAAAGGUAAUGUUUAUGCAUUGCUGAAAGAUCAAGCAAAGUCCGAUGAUAUUCUAAAAGCGGCUUUCCAUGCUCAUGUACUUCUACAUUUCAUCCGUUCAUCAAAUCAGAAGCAGGCUUCAAGGGAGCAUGGUGUCUUGGACCAAUCAGAUUCUGAAAGAUCCUUAUCAACCCAUCUCAUGCCUACAACUGUUGAUUUUGCGUCUCAGAUUGCUGAGUCUUGCAAUAUUGUUUCAACUUCAUAUGUGCUCUUUAAAAGGAAAGCUGCAGAACAGGGAUGGGUGAUGUCAGAGUCUCUGCUCAACCCUGGGCGAGCUCGCCUUUGUUUACUGCAGACUUGAAAGCCUCAGAAAGGUUUUGCUUUCAUGCACUUUCGAGCUGGGAUUUGGAAGGUCUAGCCAAAAGUUGAGAUGUGGGGCAUAUGCAGACUCUCGCAUGAUAUCCAGCCGUAGAUAUUGCUGAUCCAGUGCAGUUGGUCUUUUCUUCCUUUGCUGUAUUCAAUCACUACAACACCCUUGCCAUCUGCGCUCUCAACUUCACAAGCAUGUCCAUUCUCCAAUGUUCAAAAAUUAAUUGUUUCCAUAAGCUGUAAAGAACAUUACGAGUUCAUGAGUCUUUUGGUAUACAUGAAGUCUAGGGUUAGUGAGUUUCCAGUCUCUUAUAUGGGUAGACACAUUUUGCUUGUGAGCCAUUUUGUUAUAUACAAGACUAGGGUUAGUGAGUUUCCAAAAUCUCAUGUACCAAUGUUACUGUACACAUUGCUUGUGAGCAUUCUGGUUUUACAAGUUAGAAGUGGGAAGUUUUGUUGUGCA